AUGUCAGAGCGAGCAGACCCGACGGGCGCGCCCUCGGCGUUUGAGGCCGAGAAACACGCGAGGUCCGACGCGAGCAGGGACAAAGCCCCCAAGCUCCGGAGCUGUGUCGUAUGCCGAAGCCGGAAAGUUCGCUGCGACAAGCGAGCGCCUUGCUCGAAUUGCCGUCGCGCCAACAUCGCAUGUGUGUUUCCUUCAACGGACCGCCCACCAAGGUGGGCUCGACGCCUGGACCGGGGCGCGUCUUCCGACCGAGUAGAUGUAGUGGCCGACGGGGUCAUGGAUAGACUACAUCACCUCGAGAGUCUGGUCAAAGACCUCAGUAGUCGGUUGGAACAGUCCAAGUCGACAGCUACUUCGGUCGGUGGUUCCUCUGGGGUUGGCUCUCCCGAGAGCUCCGCUCAAGAUCGACGCCCGACCCUUUCCGAGGGCGACCAGUCUAUGCAGACCCAGUUUGGAAGACUUGUGAUACAGGACUCGAACAGAAGUCGCUAUGUCAGUAGCGGCUUUUGGUCCCGGGUGAAUGACGAGCUUGAUAGCUUGAAACUAGACGCCCAUGACCUUUUGGCAGAGGGACAUGCGACUUCAGAUGACGAUUCGCUACCAGAUGAGACACCUUAUGCGCGGGAGUUUGACCAAACACCUGCAGCGCGCCAUGGGUUCCUAUUUGGCCACAAUCUGACUUCUUCUUCCCCCGAUCUUAACAAUCUACAUCCACUGCCCUCUCAGAUUCCUUUUCUUCUGGAUCUAUUUUCCGAGAAUGUCAACAUGAUACUUCAAGUUGUACACCUCCCCACUGUGCGGAAGAUGGUUCGUGAUUGGCGCGGCCGCGACAUGCAGGGACUCACGCCAGCCCAAGAGGCUUUGAUGUUCGCUAUUUACUAUGCGGCGAUUACUUCGAUGGAGAAUGAAGACACAAUCCGGAAUUUUGGCACUACGAAAGCCGAUCUGAGUCUGAGAUAUCGUCAAGGCUUGGAGCAUGCCCUGGCGAGAGCCGACUUCCUGGGGGCACCUGAUUUGAUGUUGGUGCAGGCGUUCGCCAUUUUCCUCGCCUUGCUACGUCGACAUGAGAGGCCAGGAUUUGUGUGGAUGAUGACGGGACUGGCAAUACGAAUGGGCCAGGCUCUGGGACUCCACCGUGAUGGCUCACACUUUGAUCACUUGAGUUCAUAUGAGGUUGAGAUGCGACGCCGCGUGUGGUGGGUGCUGUGCAUAUUGGACGUGAGGGCAUCAGAAGAUCAAGGUGCCGACUACACUAUCCCAACUGCUAGCUUUGACACACGGAUACCUUUGAACCUCAACGACAGUGAUCUAGACCCCGAGUCGAAUGAGACACCCCGAGAACAUGACAGCUUGACUGACGUGUCUGUUGCACGCGUCUCCUUCGGCAUAUGCAAAGUGACAAGGCAGAUGAUGGCCCACGGGUUUCAAGAACAAGCCCCAACUUCAGAGAAACAAAGCAUCUUGCUGAACGAGAUGUUUCAAGGGGUUGAGCAAGAAUAUCUCCGUUAUUCGACCGAAUCGGGAAAUGUCACAUAUUGGGCGAUCGUCAUAGUCACACGGCUCGUGAUGGCCAAGAUGUCUUUACUGGUCUACCUGCCCCUUUUAUUCGGUAGUCCGACGGAGGAGUUUUCAGAGGAGCUCAGAACCCGACUGCUGGUCUCUGGUAUUGAGGUAGCAGAGUACAACCACGCCCUCAACAAUGAACGGGCAUGUCGGCAAUGGCGCUGGGCUUUUCAGACCUAUACCCAUUGGUACGCGAUUGUUUACAUGAUGCUGGAGAUCACUCGGCGUCCGUGGUCGCCGAUUGCAGAGAGAGCGUGGGUGGCCCUGCAUAGUGCUUGGUUGAUCCCGACCAGAUCCCACAUGGACAAAGACCUUCGCAUAUGGAUUCCAUUGCGCAAAUUGAUGAACAAUGCCCGGAGGCAUCGUCAACUAGAGUUGAUCCGUCUCAAGAGUGACCCUAGGGGCGCACAGCUUCUAGAACAGGAGUACCGAACUUCGCCAACCCCAUCAAGCUCAGGACCCUUUUCACCAGGCUCUGAUUCUGCGACCCUGUUUUUAGAGAGAUGGCAAGACUUGAUCAGGCCUCGCAGCGACGAGACUCAGAAAUCUGCGUUGUUUGGGUUUGACAGUGCAUGUUCUGUUCAACCGCCGAUCGGCCUUUCAAUCGCCCAGCCACUUGCUCAACCAACCACCUCAUUUGUAUCUGGUAUGAGCACACAAUCUCACAAUGAGCCACAAAACGCUGCCAGUGAGCGGGGAGGCGAUGCCAUGUCAAUCUUGCCAUGUGACGCAACGAUCACCCUGGGGGUAAGUGAGGCCGUAUCCCUACCGGACAACCAAGCGCAGGAGCUACAGUAUGCGGAAUCCAGUGGCCAAUGGAGUGUUCCUUGGACGUGGACCGACGAAGAAAUACACACGCAUCCUACAAAUGCGGUCGCAGAAACAGUUGAUACCAACAUCGACAUGGACGGAGACAUCAACUGGUAUCGUUGGGUUGAAUCAGCUCAAGGAGCGGAGUGGAAUGUCGAUCACCAGCUGAGCCACAACUGA